AUCACCACAAACAGAGGUCAUUGCUGCCACGUGACUCCGCCUACCAACUUCUCUGGAUCUGGCGCGAUCGAGAUGAGCGUGGUCUGGGGCGGAACCUAUCUUCGAGACGUCGCGGGCGCGGGGAUCGUCAUGGGCUGCGGUCCGCAAACGAUCAGGGAGUACAAGCUUGCCCCGCCGGAGGAGGUAUACGAUGUUGAGGACGAUUCGAUCUUGACGACCGGCAUUCAAGGGUACUUUGAGCGUAUCCUGUCUCAGACAUAUCGAGGUUGGGAAGAAGUACCGGGGGAAGGCACGAGGCGGGUCUGGUCAGGUAUCAUUGGGUAUUCUAGGGACAAGCUCCCCUUUGUUGGUCCAGUACCAGGGAGUGAGGGGCUCUUUGCAGCGGUGGCGUUCCAUGGUCACGGGAUGUCUCGCAUAUUGUGCUGUACCCGAGCGCUCGCUAAACAGAUGAUGGAUCCUCAGCAUCAGUGGGACGAGCGUCUCCCCCGGACUUUCGAAAUCAGCUCGGAACGGAUCAAGAGAGCG